AUGACAGCCUCUUCAUCCGACCCGAAUGGCCCUGGCCAAAGCGGCACCUUUGCGUCCGGCAACCUGCCUAGCUUCGACGACAUCCCUGCCGUUGCAGGAAUGCCGCACGGCUGCGCCUGGAAUGUAUGGGGACACGGAGACGAGCUGGGCACGCUCAAUCUGCUGACACCCGACGUGGUGGCACGAUCCGCUUCCGAAUGCAUCCGCACCGGCGAACGCGUGCAGAUCGACUGGGGGCUCGACAGCGUCGACGUACCCGCCAACCAACGCAAGCACUUCCACCACCACGUCAUCGACCUCCACUCCAAGCUCGGCGUCUACGCCACCGAUGACGAGGUACACCUCAACACGCAAACCUCCUCCCAGUGGGACGGCUUCAAUCACUUUGCUCACCAAGCCACGCACAUGUACUACGGCGGUGUCAAACACGACGAUCUUCAUUCCGGUAAAGUCGACAAGGCCGAGAGGAACAGCAUGCACAAGUGGUGUCUCAACGGCGGAAUUGCAGGACGUGGUGUGUUGGUGGAUUGGGUACAUUGGUGGGAAUCGACUCGAAGCGACCCGAUUCCCGCAGGCAACCAGUCGUACGCGAUCCCACUAGAGCAGAUCAAACAGGUGCUGGCGUGGCAAAGGACACAGCUGCGGACAGGCGACAUUUUGCUGCUCAGAACCGGCGUAGUGCGAUGGUUCGAGCAGGCUUCCGAGCAGGAAAAGGUGAAAGGAAUGAUCGAAAACGACAACUUCCCCGGAAUCGAGGCCACCGAAGAGGUGAAACGAUGGUUGUGGGACAGCCACUUUGCCGCGGUAGCGAGCGACAACAUGUCGUUCGAAUUCGGUCCUCAUGGCGAUCUCUGGCUUCACGAAUGGCUCCUCCCCAUGUUUGGCUGUCCUAUCGGCGAGCUGUUCGAUCUGGAACGACUAUCAACCGCGUGUCAAAAGCACGAUAGAUGGACGUUCUUCCUCACAUCCGCUCCGAUCCGAGUCAAGGGCGGCAUCGCCUCGUCCCCGAACGCCAUCUGCAUCUUCUAG